GCAUGUGAUCUAACUAAGAAUUUGAUAAAAGCAAAAUAAGAAAAGAAAACACUAUUAAUUUCAUGCAUGAUAACUCGACUUAUAUUACGUGACACUGUCACGCAUACUCAACAUUUAAUUCAUCAACUUACAUCAGCCGUGAACUUUAACAUGCAAAUCUGGGGCUUCUAUGUAAAAUCGAAUCAGAGGUCAAAUUAUGUACAGUCUGCCAAGAAACGUUAGUCUAGGCCAAGCUGGAAGCAUGUUUUAAAUAAUAGCAGUGAUCAAGGAAAUAUCUUGUAUUGAUACCACAUUUGUCGUAUUUCCGCCGAAAGGAAUUGAACAGACCACGCCGAAGAAAAGCCAAAGUUGAAUCUUGCGUGCUCCAACCCAAGUCAGGUUUCUUUAAUAUAAGCUUACAUAAUAUAGCUAAGAUGGCUGACCUUCUGCAAACAAUGGUUCAGUUUGCGAACGAUCACUGGGUUACGCUUUUGGCUGGAUUCCUGAUUGUCAUUUGUUACCGAUCUUGUAUUGCACCCUUCACUGUGUUCAAGAAACUUGGAAUCCCUGGGCCAACACCUGUUCCAUUUUUUGGAAACUCGAUAAAAAACCAGUUAAAUCCGAACCUUAUUCCAAAAUGUCAGAUGGAAUGGUGUAAGAAAUAUGGAAAAGUCUUUGGAGUUUAUAUUUUCCGUGAGCCUUUCCUGAUGGUGGCUGAUCCAGACAUGAUCAAAGAGAUCCUUGUUAAGGAAUUUUCAAAGUUCCACGAUCGAAAGAGGUUAGUUGAACACAUUGAGUUCUGGAAGCCUUAUGACAGAAUGUUAACCAUUGUGAGUGGUCAGAAGUGGAAGGACAUACGUGCCACCUUGUCGCCAACAUUCAGUGCGUCUAAAAUGAAGCAGAUGAUGCCAUUUAUGAAUGAAGCGCUGGACACUCUAAUGAACAAAGUGGACAGGAUUUCUAAGACAGGAGAGAUCGUUGAUUUUCACAGGUGGCUUCAGAGUCUUACCAUGGAAGUGAUUUUGUCAACAGCAUUUGGAGUCAAGGCAGAAACACAAACUGUUGAGAAAGAUCCCAUCACUGAACUAGCAAAAAAGGCUAUGGAAAUAAACCCUUUGACCGCAAUAUUUUUUUUGGUGCCAUUUGGAGAAUACAUACUGAAGUAUAUUCCAGACCCAUUUGGCUGGGACAAAAUAGGGUCCAUUGCAGCAAAUAUCAUCGAGGAAAGGCAGAAGGCAAAUGGCAAGAGCAAAGCACAUCGUAAAGACAUGCUGCAACUGAUGUUAGAUGCUAGAGAAGAAACGGGAGGAGAGAAAAUUGACAAUAACGAUAUUCAGGCCCAAAGUCUUGUAUUCCUUCUGGCUGGCUAUGACACUUCAAGUACCACUCUGGCAUUUGCCUGUCACCAGCUCGCCUUGAAUACGCAUGUCCAAGACAAACUGAGAGACGAGAUUGAUCGUAUGUGGCCUGGAGACGAGGGGUCGCCGUCGUAUGAUGUCCUUCACGGGAUGGAUUACCUUGACAUGGUUAUUAACGAAACAGUCAGGAUGUAUCCCCCUGGAUUUGUACUCCAGAGAGAUUGCAACGAGACCUGCACCAUCAAAGGAGUUACAAUUCCAAGUGGAAUGCCGGUCAUGAUUCCAUGUUAUGCAAUUCAUCAUGACCCAGAGAUCUGGCCAGAGCCUGAAAAGUUUGAUCCUGAGAGGUUCACUGAAGCAGAAAAAUCAAAGCGUCAUCCUUAUACAUUUUUGCCAUUUGGAUAUGGUCCUCACAACUGUGUCGGCAUGAGAUUUGCUUUGCUGGAAAUUAAACUGACCCUGGUGAGGUUACUGAAGAAAUACAAGCUAGAGCGCACUGAGAAAACAGCGCCGCCUCCACUUGAUUUUGCUGUUGGUGCUGUUCUCACCUGCCCUCCAGGGAAAAUCAUGCUCAAAGUUUCACCAAGGGAUUAAAAGCCAGGGCUGUGCACUAUCAUUUUCCUCGUAGACACCUACACUACAGUUUUUCUAGAAUUAACCUAUAUCGGACUGUUAUUAUAAAUGUAUAUAAGCGAUCCGUUUAAAAACGUUCUGUUGGCUUUAACAGAUCCGCAGAAUGGAUUAAAUUCAGUAAACCGGGUAUAAUGAUUGUGUUGAGUUUAGCAGUAGUAGUCACAUUGAGAAGUAACAAUGCGGUACCUCAAAUUUAAGUAGUCAAUAGAACUUAUUUUGAUGCCAGUCGUAGAGGAAACUCAAUGCUAACAUAUCCUGAUAAAUUCUACGUCUUAAAAGCAGGUUCAUGUCAGUAGUUUGCAGCUUGAAAGCUAGAUGGCCAUCUUCAUGGGUAUUUCUGACUUCCGUCUCUCGUUUUGUUUGGAUGAUCACAUGCAAAGCCUCACAGGUUUAGUUUGCUGCGAUGAGAUGCAUUCUUUUCUUGUCCAAAGUGAUGGAAAGUUAAAAAUAAACUGAAUGCAAUAUUACAUGUGCACAUCAAUAACAGACGUUUGUUAACUUUCAACCUUUUGGAAUUCGGCGUAAGAGCCCGGCAGAAUAAAGUUGAGGUCUAAUUUACGAGACAUUUUUCAGUACUGUUAACUUGGAACGUGAAAUCAGAUUCAAUAAGGGUAAAUGUAUACUGUUUUUUUUUUUUUGUAAUUUCAAGUGGUUGUAAUAAAGUCGUUACUGGUCCUGGACUACACUUAGUUGGUUUCUUAAUGAAUAACUUGGACUAUAGUUAGAACACAAUAAGGAAAAUAAAGAACAUGCUAUUUUCUUUCUGAA